AAAAAAAAAAAUCUGCAAAAAAUAUCAAACAUUGCUCUGCCCUAUGGGCUCUCUCUCUCUAACUCACCGACCUAACUUCUCUCCUUCUCCGAGAAGGUUAGGGCUUAUCUCCUUCUAGGAUUAGUUUCCUUGGUCUAGAAGAUCUACAAUCCCAAUUUUCAUAUCUUUUUUUAUCGAUCUCCUCAAUUUUCCCUGCAUUCUCUUGGAAAUCUUUCGUUUUCCUUUUCCUCGUGCGCCCUCGUCGUUGUUUGGUCCUCUGAUUCCAAAUCUUUUCCUUCAAUUUCGAUAUUCAGUUUCCUAUUUCCGAUCUCCCUUGGCGUUUCUUGAGUUAUAGGGUUUCUGGUAAUGAGGCACUUGGGGGAGAGCUUCGAAUCCCCUUAGUCUUAGUUUAUUCAUCCAAGAAAAAAAAAAAAUUCCUAGGGUUUCAAUUGUUAUACCAGUUUUCUUUUCAAUAUUAGUGUUUUUUUUUUUUCUUUAAAUAUUCUUAUUUGGGAUUAUAGGGCCUCAGGUGUUAAGUCUUUCGAAUUUUUCAUUUUGGGGGUACGGGGAUGGUGAGUUCAGAGGGAUUGAGCGGUUCGCCGGCUCCGGCGGCAAAGCAACACGGCAUAACAAAGCCGAUAUCGGUGGCGGGGCCUACCGAAGCGGAUAUGCAGAGAAGCAGAGAGCUGGAUAAGUUCUUGGUGGAUGCUGGUCUUUACGAGAGCGAAGAGGAAGCCGCGAAGAGAGAGGAGGUUCUUGGUCGAAUUCGGCAGAUUGUAAAAGAUUGGGUGAAGCAACUUACUCGGUUGAGAGGAUACACCGAUCAAAUGGUGGAGGAUGCAAAUGCUGUCAUUCUUACUUUUGGUUCUUAUCGACUUGGAGUUCAUGGUCCUGGGACGGACAUAGACACGUUAUGUGUUGGGCCAUCGUAUGUGAAUCGGGAGGACUUCUUCUAUAUAUUGCACAACAUCCUGGCAGAAAUGGAAGAAGUUACAGAACUACAACCAGUUCCAGAUGCUCAUGUCCCAGUAAUGAGAUUCAAGUUUGAUGGCAUAUCGAUUGACCUCCUUUAUGCAAGUAUUUCUCUCUUGGUUGUACCUGAGGACUUGGACAUUUCUGAUAUGUCUGUAUUAUACAAUGUUGAUGAGCCCACUGUUCGAAGUCUUAAUGGCUGCAGGGUUGCAGAUCAAAUUCUUAAGCUUGUUCCAAAUGUUGAGCAUUUUUGCACAACACUCCGAUGCUUGAAGUUUUGGGCCAAAAGGCGUGGUGUCUAUUCCAAUGUGACCGGAUUUCUUGGGGGUGUGAACUGGGCACUUCUUGUUGCUCGUGUGUGCCAGCUUUAUCCGAAUGCAGUUCCCAGCAUGCUUGUCUCUCGAUUUUUUAGGGUUUAUACACAGUGGCGUUGGGCAAACCCUGUGAUGUUAUGUGCAAUUGAAGAGGACAAAAUUGGAUUUUCUGUCUGGGAUCCUCGUAAGAAUCCUAGGGACCGGACUCAUCUCAUGCCUAUCAUAACUCCUGCCUACCCUAGCAUGAAUUCUAGCUACAAUGUUUCUACAAGCACCCUCAGGGUUAUGAUGGAGCAGUUCCAACAUGGUAACAAGAUUUGUGAGGAGAUAGAGCUCAAUAAAGCCCAGUGGAGUGCUCUGUUUGAACCAUACUUGUUCUUUGAAAGCUAUAAGAACUAUCUUCAGGUUGACAUAGUUGCGGCUGACGAUGAUGACUUGCUUGCUUGGAAAGGCUGGGUAGAAUCCAGGCUGAGGCAAUUGACUCUGAUGAUUGAGCGAGAUACCUUUGGGAAGUUGCAAUGUCAUCCUUAUCCUCACGAGUAUGUGGAUACAUCCAAGCAGUGUGCCCAUUGUGCUUUUUUUAUGGGUUUGCAAAGGAAACAGGGGGAGAUUAUCCAAGAAGGUCAGCAGUUUGAUAUCCGUGGGACUGUUGAUGAAUUCAGGCAAUCUGUAAACAUGUACAUGUUUUGGAAACCGGGGAUGGAAAUUUAUGUUUCUCAUGUUCGUAGAAAGCAAAUUCCUUCAUAUGUGUUUCCAGAUGGUUAUAAACGGUCUCGACCGUCGAGGCUUACAGCCCAGCAGCAGGCUAAUAAAUUGUCUCAUGAAUAUGGCGAAGUUGGUGGGACUGGCUCCAGUGAGAGAUGCGUUAAGAGGAAAAAUGAUCCUGAUGCACUAGAUUUGAAGCAAGGCAUGCCAGAAAAACGGCGAUCAAUUAGCCCUCAGAGACAGGAGUCGGUUUCUCCUGAAAUUAUCAGUACUAAGUUCAUCAGUGUGUCCCGGGAGCAUUUGGCAUCUCAUCUGGUGGGAAAUAAUGCAAUUGCUGAAAGCGACAGAACAUGGCAGGUUGACAAUGGUAAAGUGGAAGGUUUGGCAUCAAAUGGCUUGAGUGCUGGGACUGGAUCUGUUAGGCAAGAGCUGCGCUGGAUGGAGGGUGAUAACCAGUCCAAUAGGGAGCUAGCUGAAUCAGAAAAAGGGAUGCUCUGCCCAGAAACCGAGGCUGCAUGUGGCUCAUAUUCCAGCAUCAUCACAACCCUUGCAAGUGAGGGCAGCUCUUGUGAGGAUGUGGGAUUUGGAUCGAUGGUAGGUAGCAGUGAGGGGAAUACUGGGAGUUUUGAAGAAAGCAUGGAUGGGGGUAAUAACCUUGGAUCUUCUCUGGGUGAUUUGUGUGAAGCACAUUCUGUGUUGCCUUCAGGGAAUGAACGUGUAAAUUGCAAUGAAGUUCUUCAAGUUGGAUCUCAGGAAGAGUUAGAGCCAAAUGCUGCACUUGGGAUGGUAAUCAAAUCCAGGGGAGAAGUGAACCCGGAAGCUGUGCAAAAACCAGUGAUAAGCAGGUUGAGUUUAACAACCACGGCAUGAGAAUGGGAAGUUGGAUCAGUGGUAGUCUUUACAUGUUGAUCAGAACAGAAAGAAAGCCAGCAGUUCGGGUAAGUGUGAUUUUAAUUGCUGGCUUUCAUUUCUUUCGUGUUUUUCAGGGCAUGCUCGCUUGGCCUGCCUUGUGGAUUAAGAACCAAUCAACACCCAACUGAAGAGCCUAUGGCUAUGGGGUUUGCUCUUCUAUGCAUGUACAGUUUUAUAAUAUUGCGAAUUAUGCUUUCCUGGUUAAGCUGUGAGCUCCCUGUUGCUCAAGGGAAGUUAGCAGAUAGUGAUAGUAGUAGGUUUUACUUUCUUCUUUCUAGUUCUUCUGUUGAAGCUCGUUUAUCAGGGAAAAAAAAAGAAAAAAGAAAAAAGAAAAAGAAAAAUGGGUUGGGGAUUUAUGUGGGAGUGUCCUAGUGUUCUUUGUUUGGGUGAAUUCUUGUUUAUAUAUUAGUUGACUAUGAUUGCGAGGUUAGGUUAUAACUUGGUUGAGAGCACUUCUUAUGUGAACUGGUUGCUUUGUAAUAAUAUUAUAAUAUUUUACUC